AUGUCUUCACCAUUGUUGAGUUCUUGUGCUCCUACAAGAUUUUCUCUUCAAUUUUUCUUGAUUAUUAUCUUGUUUUUAUACACAUUUGGUAAUAAUGAUGUAGUUGUAAAUGCUGCUACUCCAGCAGUGAAAGUUGGGAACAUUUCACAGGUUGAAGAUGCUGCUUAUUUUCGCAUAUACUAUGGCCAGACAUUCAAAGUCAUCAAGAAUGGAUUUGAUGGCAAGAGCUAUCUUCUCAUUCAGAAUAAUACGAGGAUGGCUUCUAAAACAAAAUAUUGCACGUCAAGAAUAAAAUCCUUUGUGAUUCCACUAGCUAAUUAUUCAGUUGAUACAGAUUAUUUUCCAGCUUCUUUCUUCGAGCUUCUUGGCUUACUGGGAAGUUUGAAGGGUAUUACAUCAGAUUUUGUGGCAUCUCAAUGCGUGUUAAAAUUGUAUAACGACGGUCAAGUUCAGAUGAUAAACAAAAGUGAUUCACAAGCAUUCACCCAAUUCGCAGCUCACUUCAUUAGCAACACUGAUCAAGCACAAUCCUGCAACUUUGCGACUUUUCUCCCAAUGGGCGAGGAUACUUCUCUCCAGCGAGCGGAGUGGAUCAAAUAUUUGGGUGUUUUUGCUAAUUUAGAAACAAGAGCAAAUCAAGUCUAUGAUGCAAUUAAGGCCAACUAUAAUUGCCUGAGUAAAGCUGUUGCUAGCCGGAACAAGUCAUUUAAACCUAUAGUUGCUUGGAUGGAGUACACUGAUGGUGUCUGGUCUUUCACAAAAGAGACGUACAAGCAAAAGUAUGUGGAGGAUGCAGGUGGAGAGAAUAUUGAUAACUCCAUCAAUAAAGUUACAUAUAACAUCUCUAUACCUGAUGACUUGGAUGCUUUUCAUGCAAUUCUCUGUACUGUAGAUGUGGUGAUUGAUGAAACCUACACUUCUGAUCCAGUAGCCUACACUUCCUCUACCUUUCUUGAAAAUUUAUAUGUGGAAGAUCAAUCUUGCUUUGCUUUUGUUGCUAAUCAAAGCUUGUGGAGAUUCGAUAAAAGAAUUGGAAAUUCAACUGCUCUUGAUUGGUAUGAUGGAGCUAUCUCCCAGCCUCAACUAGUUCUUGCCGAUCUUAUUGAAGCUUUAUUUCCAUCAGAAAAUUACACAACAACAUAUUUCAGAAAUAUUGCUAAGGGGGAAGGAUUCGUAAACAUUGGUCCUGAAAUGUGUGAUAGAGACAGCUCUACUGCCAUGGAACCUGUAAUUGUAGCUUGCGAAUGA